AUGCGACCAUCAUUGCCGAGAUUACGCUGGCGUAUUUUAGCUUUGGCUAAUGCGCAAGAUCGACGGCGAUUUUUAAAUCGGCGCCGCAAAUAUCGGGCAUUCGCGCGAGCCACGGUGAAUGCCAUGUCAGAUAUCCCAGGUGCGGAAUUUAUCAGAACAUUUCGCCUGGAUAAAUCCGAAGUGAGAGCCCUAACGGUGCUGCUCACUCCGAUAUUAGGGACACAGCGGAGAAAAGACGGAAUUUCUCCUAAUUUAAAGAUACUAACUGCUCUGUCGUUUUAUGCGACAGGCUCGUAUCAGACCCUUGUUGGCCAAAAUGGGUUGUUGAAUGUGGUUCAGACCACUGUUUCAAGGGCUGUGAGAGAAGUGACUGAGGCACUCAACGACCCACACAUAUUUAGGAAUAAUGUGGUCUGGCCGCUGCAAAUUCAAGAUCGAAACAGAAUAAAGGCACAGUUCUUAAAGUUUGGGAUUCCUGGAGUGUUUUGCUGUAUAGAUGGCACCCAUAUAGCUAUCCUGAGACCUGCCAUCCACGAAGAGCGGUACUUUAAUCGGAAGGGGUACCAUUCACUAAAUGUUAUGAUUAUUUGUGAUGCUGAUUUAAAUAUUAUGUGUGUGGAUGCGAGCAGCCCUGGGUCAGCCCAUGACUCUAGCGUGUGGCAGAGUCAUCCCAUAUGUAAUAAAAUGAAAGAGUUAUCUAAUGCUGGGGAGCAGAUGUUUUUAUUGGGUGAUAGUGGAUAUCCACUACGGGUUAAUAUGAUGACCCCAAUAUUAAACACUGUGGAGGGCACUCCUGAACAUAAUUACUAUAAGUUACACGUAACGGCACGCAACACCGUAGAGCGCUGUAUUGGAGUACUGAAAGCUCGAUUCAGGUGCCUAAUAGCUGAGCGAGCCCUCCACUACGAUCCAAUAACUGCUGGGAAAAUAAUAAACGCUUGCUGCGUCUUGCACAAUAUUGCUAACAAAAGACGACUGCCAAUAGCACUACUUACACCUGCAGAACAAGACUUUGUGCAGAGCAGACAGCCAAUUCAAAUAGAAAUUGGUGCAGAAGACUCCAGUCGGCAGUUCAACCCUGAUCUUCAACGGGGACGACAACUGCAACGGGCGCUUGUUGAGAAGUUGUGGAGGGAACGAAAUUCUUGAUUUUUUUUUAUAUUUACAUUUUUUUUUUCAUAUUAUAGCUAAGUUUACACA